GCUCGCCCCGACAUGGCCGUCUCGCCUCUUGCCCUCGUGCUUCUCGUCCCCGCUCUCGUCGUCUCCCUCGUGUACCUCUUUCGGAGGCCCGCUCCUCCGCAGGAUGGACGGCAGCUGCCGCCGUCACCCGGCCGCGGCCUCCCGCUCAUCGGCCACCUCCACCUGCUGGGCUCCCUGCCGCACAGGUCUCUUCGGGCCCUGGCAGAGGCCCACGGCCCGGUGAUGCUCCUCCGGCUCGGGCGCGUGCGGGCCGUGGUCGUGUCCUCGGCGGCCGGCGCCGAGGAAGUGAUGAAGGCCCGCGACCUGGCCUUCGCGAGCCGGCCGCCGAGCGUCAUGGCGGAGCGGCUCCUCUACGGGCGCGACGUGGCGUUCGCGCCCUACGGCGAGUACUGGCGCCAGGCGCGCCGGAUCUGCGUCGUCCACCUCCUCAACACGCGCCGCACGCUCUCCUUCCGCCGCGUCCGGGAGGAAGAGGCCGCCGCGCUCGUGCAGCGCGUCCGCGACGCGUCCGCCGCCGCCAUGGACGCGUGCGAGCCCCUCGUCGCCUACGCAAACACGGUCGUCUCGCGCGCCGCGUUCGGAGACGACACCGCGCGCGGCCUGUACCGCGACGGCGACAGGGGGCGCGAGCUGAGGAAGGUGUUCGACGACUUCGUGCAGCUGCUCGGCACGGCGCCCAUGGAAGAGCUCGUGCCAUGUCUCGGGUGGGUGGACACCGUGAGAGGGGUGGACGCGAGGAUCAGACGCACGUUCGAGGCGCUCGACGGCGUACUCGAGAAGGUGAUCGAUGACCGCCGCCGCCGGCGUCAACCUGGCAGCAGGCGCAAGGGAGAUGACGGCGUGGACGGUCACAAGGACUUCGUGGACGUGUUGUUGGACGUGAACGAGACCGAUGGCGAAGCUGGCGUUCGGCUCGACACGAACGAAAUCAAGGCCAUUAUCCUGGACAUGUUCGCGGCGGGCACGGACACGACGAGCACGGCGAUAGAGUGGGCAAUAGCAGAGCUCAUCAAUCACCCGACCAGCAUGCGCAAGCUCCAGGACGAGAUCCGGGCGGCCGUGGGAGCCGGCGCCGGGGGCGUCACCGAGGACCAUCUGGACAAGCUGCGUUACCUGGAUGCCGUGCUCAAGGAGACGCUGCGCCUGCACCCUCCGGCGCCGCUCCUCGUGCCCCGAGAGACACCCAACGACGCCGAGAUCCUGGGCUACCACGUCCCGGCGCGCACGCGGGUCAUCAUCAACGCGUGGGCCAUCGGCCACGACCCGGCGACUUGGGAGCGCGCCGAGGAGUUCGUGCCGGAGAGGUUCCUCCUGGACAAGGCCGCCGUGGACUUCAGGGGCCAGGACUUCGGGCUGGUGCCGUUCGGCGCCGGGAGGAGAGGAUGCCCCGGGGUUGAGUUCGCCGUGCCAACCGUGAAGAUGGCACUCGCGAGCUUGCUGUGCCAUUUCGACUGGGCGCCGGCCGGCGGGAGGUCGCUGGACAUGCGUGAGACGAACGGAAUCGCAGUGCGGCUCAAGUCCGGCCUGCCGCUCGUUGCAACACCGCGGCUUCCUUGACUUUUGCAAAGGUUGGGUUUGUCAUGCUAGCUUAUCAUUCUGCUUUGGUUUGUACUCGUUUCUCAUCGGAAAAUUGGUACUCGUGUAAAAAAUUUAGCGCUAAGCGGAUCUUUGGAUUAUAAUGACUAUUGAU